CGAUUUUUCGCCGUUCUUGCUUGUAUUUCUUGAUUUGUGCUUUUAUUUCUUAACGUUGAGUAAAUAUUGAGAUAAUAACGUAUUUCAUAAGUGAACAUUCAUAGUAAAUUUUAAUAGAAUUCAUUCAAAAUGCCUGUGGAUCAAAUACAAUAUUCAGAAAGGUACAGCGAUGACAUCUAUGAAUAUAGGCAUGUAAUUCUGCCUCCAGACAUCGCCCGCCUAGUUCCCAAAUCCCACCUCAUGACGGAGACAGAAUGGCGGAAUCUCGGUGUCCAGCAGAGCCCUGGCUGGCUCCACUUCAUGGUGCACAACCCUGAACCUCACGUCCUACUCUUUAGGAGACCCAGAAGUGAUAUACCUGCUCCAGUCAACGGCUUAGAUUCUAAUACUAGUUCCACAGUACGAGUAUGAUUAGAAAUAAUUUAUUAUUUAUUGUCCAGUCAUAUUGCAUUCUUUAAAAGUUGUUUGUUAUGAUUGUGGUCAUACUGCUUAAUCUAAGUUGUAAAUUCAAAGUUUUGUACAGUAAAAAUAUGUUGUUCUUUAACUAAAUGAAUAGACCAAUAAGUCAAAAUUUGGGUUACAAAACAAUGUA